UUCAAGCCCCGACGGUACUAAUCAGACAUCAUUAUUCCGUUAACAAAACAAGUAGAUAGGUACUAUAAAUAUUAUUGGAUAACAAUUUUGAAGUCAUGAACGCGCUUGCGUUUUCAUUUAUUACGAUCCUAUCGAUUAUUAGCUUAAACAUCGCUCACGAAGUUGUGGUUUACGAAUACGGGUCCCAUGUGCCAGGCGAUCAAGUGGCUUUCCUUUUCAGCAGUACCAUCCCUGCUUAUACACCGUACCAAACCUUGAAUCUUACGCACAACAAUUCACAUUUUGUCAAGAACUACACGUACGUUAGGGUAGAAUAUCAGAACGCAGCCUCAAAAGUGAACAUUCAUUACAACCCACGCACCCUGGAGUUAACAUUCUUCGUAAAAUUACCAUUUGUCGAGACAUUCUUUCAAAUCGAGGGUUACAGCUUGUCAGUUGAAUUAGCAAAGAAAAUGGAAGAAGAGAAGAAACUUAAAAACCAAACUGUGCCCAGUAAGCUAUCUUACACCGAUGCUGAAAAAGUAUUUCGUUCUAAUUUCUAA